AUGGACUCGAAGCAGUACUUACGACGAUACGGAUGGAAAGAAGGUGAAGCAUUACAACAGGGGGGGCUUCAGAAACCUUUGUUGGUGAAACAUAAAUACGAUUUGAAAGGAGUGGGUCAAGACUCUAAGGAUGGAGAAGUAUGGUGGGAGAGAUUAUUUGAUGGCCAGCUAAAGGCUUUAGAUGUGAGCAAUGUAAAUGGAAAGAUAGGACAGGAAUGCAUUAGGGGAAUAAUGCCCACGAUGUUCAAUUCAAAUGCGGGUAACGUGGUUGCCAGUGGGAUGGAGAAGUCAGAGUCUCCACUAUACAGGAUGUUUGUCCUUGGAGAAGUACUGGAGGGAACUAUGGAAAAGAGUAAAGGUAGAAAAAUGCAGAAGACUGACGCUGUGACGGUAGCUACCGAAGAAAUAUCUGAGAUUAAAGAGAAGAAAAGCAGGCUAGUUUUUUUCGAUGUGUCAUUUGACGAGACAACGCACAGUCAUAAACGGAGGCACGAGAAGGAGAAGAAGUGCAAGCGUAAGCAUAAGCUUGCGCGUGUGCAUGAGCAUGUGCAUGAGCAUCAUAAGCAGAAGAGCAAGCACAAGCACGAGCAUCACCACAAGCAUAAAUAA